AACCCCACUCUUGGCAUGUCCCCACCACCACCCAGGCGUCACCCGGCAGUGCCUCUAGACUUGUCGCUGGAGUGUCGGAUCAUGGCAAGGGCUUCUCGCCUCAGCGUCGGCAGCAGCUUGGACUCGGAGUCUUCAUCACUGAUCGACGAUGACACAGAGUACAGUGUGAGCCCUUACUGUAAACUUCCCCCCCUCCCCGCCACCCAGUCGGUCCGUAUACACCGUUUUGUGAAUCAAGGGGGCGCUGAAAUAAUCCGGAAGGACUUUUUCACCUUCAACAUAAAGCAGACCACACUAUUGGGAGACAAUGUUGUAGAGACAAGUUCAAAAAGUUGUACAGUGAUUUUGAACCCUGAUGGAACCAUUCAGAGCACGGGUAACAAAGAGGAUCUAGCGGGUCUGCAGAGGAGAUGGUGUUGUCUUAUUGGCGCUCUAGUAUCUCUGUCCUUCAUCACUCUACUCUCGACCUCGAUAUUUUCGCUGAGCAGCUUCCAUAGCAACAGCCCACCCCCUCCGCCCACCGUGAUGACCACCCUCGAGGAAACGUCCAUCGUACCGGCUGACAUGGUCGGAGCCCCUAGGAUCAUGAGCCGGAAAGGUUGGGUGGCCCAACCCCCAGCAGAACCAAUGGACAACAAUACCCUGCCAGUGCAGAGAAUCAUAGUCUGCCACACGGCUACCGACUCCUGCCAGACCACACCCGACUGCACGUUGCAAGUGAGGUAUAUACAGCAGUUUCAUGUGGAAUCCCGCAAGUGGGGAGACAUCGGCUACAACUUCCUAAUAGGAGGGGAAGGUGUCGUGUACGUAGGCCGAGGCUGGGACGAGAUGGGCGCCCACACAAAGGGGGACAACAAUGGCACUCUGGGGGUGGCCUUCAUCGGGACUUACAUCAACCAGUUGCCCAACGAAUUGCAGAUCGAGGCCUUCCACAAGCUGGUGGACGUGGGGGUUCGUAUCGGCAAGAUUGCCGACGACUACAAACUCCAAGCCCAGUGUCAACUGCAGGUGACUGCUGCCCCGGGGCUGAUGUUGGCGCAGAACAUGAAGUCCUGGCCACACUUCGACACUUCCCUGAAGAUCAGAUAUUCUGAUUUGCCCCUCUCGCCUCUAAUCUCCCAGCUGAUCAUUAAGAAAGACACCAGAAAUGCGUUCACGGAGACAGAUUCUUUGUUUUUGGAAUCUAAGGACGAUCUGGUACAUAAACUGCAGGUCUUGAGGUCUGCACAGUCUUCCCUUGUAGACGAGAUUCAGCGUCUGACUCUUGAGUUGGAGAGGGCUCAGGAGAUGAUCGCUGGUCUUACGGCAUCACAAUCCAGUGUGGGUCAUGACGAUGGUUGCCUGCAUCCCCUGCCAUAUAGAAGGUCUAUGGCGGUUACCAGCUUGACGAUGUUUACAAGACCUCAAGCAAGUACAUUUAUGUUCCGAAAGUCUACAUCAUCCAACAGUGGUACUUCAGAACUCGAAGAACUUCUGGAUACUGAUAGUAGUUUGCCAAUGACCGGUGCUCCAGAAGCAGUAAACGCCUGCUCAGAGGUUGACGAACCCUCAGAGUCAGAAAACACGUUAGCCAGGUCCGUUAGCAGUCUAGACUCUGAAGACGGAACUCCAUGUCUCAAUCCUCCCCCAUACCAGGAGACUGUGAAACCUUUGUUUAUCGGAACUGUCAAUGUUAUAGCAAAACAGACAAAAGCUGACAGGAAAGAUGUCAGAGUCCAUAUUGGCACUGUUACUAAUAUCACUUUAGUUGAUUGUGCGACUCCUCAAGAGGACGCUACUUCAGUGUCAUGUGAGCCUCUACUGAAUGAAAUUGUCAAGAAGUAUAUAGAGCCUAGUAUGCCCUACCGCCAAAAUGCAGUGCUCGACUCUGCUGUUGUGUAUGAUACAGAAAACAAUAUUGUAACAAGUGCCCUCGGUAUCCAGACAAAAUGGUAUUAUCUGAUAAUAACCCUGGUGGCACUGUCAGGAACAGGAUGCAUUGUGUCAGCAAUUGUGUUCUCUGUCAAACAUUUCUGGCCAUCUGCUGAACAUACUGACUCACAGUCGUUAGAGGCUGGAGACUCCACCAAAGGGAAUCAUGAAGAAGUCAUAGUACUGCCUAGAAGCUGGUGGUAUCUUAUCUUAGCCCUGGUGUCCGUAUCUUGCAUAAAUCUCGUGUCCACAGCAAUGUUCUCAAUCAACAGAUAUGUAAACAGUAUACGCUCAUUUCACACUGGUCCUUUAGAUAUAGACACUGUUCCACAACAGUUCUUGCUGGAAGCUCCCAGGAUGAUGAGUCGGUCGGUGUGGCUAGCACAACCCCCGACAGGAAAGCUGAACCCCAAUAGGCUGCCAGUAGACACAGUGAUAAUCGGUCACACAGCAACUGAAGAGACUCUGACCCUAGCUGAAUGCUGCAACCUCAUCCGGAACAUCCAGAUGAACCAUAUAGAGGCUCGACAGUGGUUCGACAUAGGCUUCAGCUUCCUCAUAGGGGGUGAUGGAAGCGUCUACUUCGGUCGGGGUUGGGACUGGCAAGGGGCUCACACUAAGGGACAUAAUGUCGGCACCCUAGGGAUCGCCAUGAUCGGUACAUUCACCAGCAAGUUGCCUAAUGACAGACAGAUGACAGCACUCCGCAAGCUCUUGGAAUUGGGAGUGAAAAUGAAGAAGAUAAAAGAGAACUAUUCACUCAUCACUCAAUGUCAACUGCAACACACUUGGUCACCGGAGCGCAAGCUUGCUGAGGAGUUAGCCAAAUGGCCUCAUUUUGAAUCCUCUUACCCCAUUAUGUAAUCCAACAAUUUCAGUCAACAAACAACUUAAAAUUUUUGUGACUAAAACAAGUAAAAAUAAAUAAUAGAUCAAAAUAAAAAAAGUUAGGGUGUAUAUACCGGGUGAGGCACACCACCUUGCAGUAUAUAUAGUGGGGGAACGGUUUGGUGUAUUGACAUAAAACAAAGAAUUCUUUAUAUAUAUAAUUUAAUUUUAUCAAAUGAAGGGUGCCGAUUUCUCGGUGCGAUGCCGUUUUCGAACUGAUUUUUAUAUACCAAUAUCUCGGCUCAUGGCCGUUUCGGAAAAAAAAUUCGAGAGCCAGUAUAUCGGCCCGUGGCCGUCAAAGGGUUAAAAGCAGCUGUAAAGUGCUUACCCAGAAGUUAAGACAUCUGGGCUCAACACUGGCAGUGUACAUACUCUACUUACUUACACAACCCCUGCCUAAUGUGCGUCAUCAACGACACUACUAUGUACAAAAACUCCUUUUUUAUUUUGUAAUAUAUUAGACUAAUUUUGUACAAUAUGUUACCUCCAUAAAAAAUUAUAAAACACUGCAUAAAUGUCAUGUUAAAAUAUUCUAAUGAUGAUUUUGGUAUAACUCAAUGUCAGUCCAUUUAUAGCUGCUACAUUUAAAUGUCAGUUUUACUAUUUUAUAAGUAUUGUAAAUCGUAUUUAAAUUAAUUUAUUAUAUUUUGCUGUAAAAGUUAAAAAUGUUGUAAAUAUAAAUGAUUUAAUUAAAUAAGAAAUCACAGGGAAUGCACAUGUGAGUGUUGCGGGUAGGAGCCAAAAAGGAAUCAGAGCCAGUUGUGACUACUGCAGAUACCUGAGAGACGGAGAAAGGCUGAUUGAAAUGACAGAAUCCAUCGUUGAUUACAGGCAUACAACGUUAUACUUAUUUCAUUUUCUAUAAAAGGCAUUGUGAACUUCUGUGUAUUUUCUGUAAUAAAUAGGAAAAAAAUGUAAA